UGCAGUCUCGCGUCCAGUUGCAUCAGGACUUUGCCACGAAAUGACAUUUCAGAUCUAGAAAAGAAAUGCCUAAAGGAGCAUUCAAACUCGGCUCUGAACCACAACAGGCGACCGGAAACUGCAUCUGCCUGCGCCUGUAAAUCUAUUAACCACGCUGAGCUGCCGAACAACACCUUGCUGAAAUGCUGAAAAGCUUUGCAAGCUCUUCAGUGGGCAUAGCUGUCGCCGUGUCCCUCCUUGUACUCUUGCUGGUCUGUGGACUGGGCUGUGUUUGGCAUUGGAAGCGCCGGGAAACCACAUCAUUUCCUGUGCCCAAGUUUAUGCAAAGGAGAAGCAGCAGACAGAAAGACUGCACAAAAACCCUCAGCCCAAAGCCUAAAACCUCCUCCAUGGAAAGCAAAGCCCACAGAUCUUCUGCCAAGGGAAGCAGGCUGCAUGGCCACUACGAAAACGUGCCGUGUCCUCCCCACACCGAAGAGGCAAGCGAGAAGGCGCUGUAUGAAAACACUCAGCCUUCUAAUCCCGAGGAACACGUCUACGGGAAUCAAACAGAUGCCCUCUAUUGUAAUUUCCCGAAGCCUACUCCUCCCCCUCCUCCUCAAGAGGACGACAUAUACAUCCUCCCAGAUUCCUACUAACUUUUCAACCCACUGAGGCUCAUUGCUGGAAGCCUCUGCGUGGACUGAUGUCACUGUGAUCAAGUAAUUCUAAUGAAAUCAGUGGUCUCUUUUUCAUUGCGACCCUUAUAACCCCCCACUAAGGGAACUAUUGUAGAUAGAUUCUAAAACUCGCUCUGCCUUGGCUUAAGCCUGAACUAUAUUAAUUUUUCUUUGUAAAUAUUUCCUGUUGCAACUUUCCUUUACUCUUUCCUCUGUCGUCUU